GGCGGUGGUUGAAGGGGAGGCGGCGCCAUCGCGCGUCCCCGCGGGCGGGCAGCGAGCCCGAGCCCUUCCCCUUCCCUUCCUUCCCUUCCCCUUCCCUUCCCCGGGCCGUCUCCCACCGCCUCCCCCUGCCCCGCGUCCCUCGCAGGGCGCCGGGCCGGCGCGGGGGGCUGCGAGCCGCGCAGGGAGGGAGGGAAGGAGGGGAGGGAGGCGGGGGAGGGAGCGGGGAAAGACAGAGAGAGGCUGAGCCAGCUCUUCAUGCCACUGCAGGCAGCAGCAGCAGCAGCAAAACUUCUGAAGGUUUGCAGAAGAUAGUAAGAGAACCACCAAGAAGGCUAUUGCAGUAUUCUUCAGAUUGCAGUUCCAUAGACCUGUGGAUGACAGUUGACUGGCGUACCUGUUGUUUCACAUAAAUAUCCUUCGGUGGAAAUUACUCUUGCCAGUAUGUAUCAUUCUGUGUCUGAAACUAGUCACCCUUUGCAAACAGAGGAACAAGAAAUAGGCAUUGAUCCCUUGCAGAGUUAUUUGAACAAACCAGAGGAAGGAGGAUCAAAUGAAAAUGGAAGCACACACCACACGUCAGAUUCUGCUGGAACAUUUAUUUCUUACAGUAAAGAAUGGGAAGAACUAUUUGUAAACAACAAUUACUUGGCAACUAUACGGCUGAAGGGGAUUAAUGGGCAGCUGAGAAGCAGCAGGUUCCGUAGUGUUUGCUGGAAGUUAUUUCUGGAGGUUCUACCCCAAGACAGAAGUCAGUGGAUCAAAAACACUUCAGAGUUAAGAACUUCGUAUAAUAAAAUCAAAGAAAUUCACAUUACAAACCCUCGGAAAGCAGGACAGCAAGAUCUGAUAAUCAACAAUCCACUCUCUCAGGACGAGGGGAGUCUUUGGAAUAAAUUUUUCCAGGAUAAAGAGCUUCGAGCAAUGAUUGAACAAGAUGUGACAAGAACUUUUCCUGAAAUGCAGUAUUUCCAGCAAGAGAAUGUGAGGAAAAUUCUUACAGAUGUUCUGUUCUGCUAUGCCAGAGAAAAUGAGCAGUUGCUUUAUAAACAGGGUAUGCAUGAACUCUUAGCUCCCAUUGUUUUUAUUCUGCAUUGUGACCACCAAGCCUUUUCACAUGCCAGUGAAGCUGCGCAACCAAGUGAGGAAAUGAAAGUCCUUUUGAAUCCUGAAUAUCUGGAACAUGAUGCCUAUGCAAUGUUCACAUGUCUUAUGAAGACUGCAGAACAUUGGUUUUCAACUUUUGAACAUGACAGUCAGAAGGAGAAAGAUGUGAUGAUUACACCUAUGCCAUUUGCAAGGCCGCAGGACUUAGGCCCGUCUAUUGCUAUUGUAACUAAAGUAAAUCAAAUUCAGGAUCAGCUGCUGAAGAAACAUGAUAUUGAGCUGUACAUGCAUCUGAACCGACUGGAAAUUGCUCCACAGAUUUAUGGACUGCGAUGGGUAAGGCUCCUCUUUGGACGUGAAUUCCCACUCCAGGACCUUCUUGUUGUGUGGGAUGCUCUAUUUGCUGACAGUAUCACCCUGAAUUUAGUUGACUACAUUUUUGUAGCCAUGUUGUUAUAUAUUAGAGAUGCCUUGAUAUCAAGUAAUUAUCAGACCUGUUUGGGACUUCUGAUGCAUUAUCCACCUAUUGGAGAUGUUCACUCCCUUAUCCUAAGAGCACUUUUCCUCCGAGAUCCAAAGAAAAAUCCAAGACCAGUGACUCACCAGUUCCAACAAAAUUUAGAUUAUUACAAAGCACGUGGAGCAGACUUGAUGAAUAAAACCCGUGCCAGUGCUAAGGCUGCCCCACUGAACAUCAACAAAGUCUCCAACAGCUUGCUGAAUUUUGGCCGAAAGCUGAUUGCUCCAGCUAUGGCUUCAGGUAGUGCUGUGGGCCCUCCAGCCAGUGGGGGCAGCUUUCCUCCACCUGCAGCGCCCAUCCGCAGCACAGCGGAAGCCCCACAGUACCACCACCACCACCACCAGCAGCACCACCACCACCACCACCAGGCGCAGCAGCAGAGAAUGAUGAAAUCCGAAAGCAUGCCAGUUCAGCUGGGCAAAGGCGAGGCGGCCAGGGGCAGCGAUGCCGCGCGGCCUGCUCCUGCGCAGAACCCCCCAGCCCACCCAGGUCAGACUUCAAAAAACAUCAGUUCAUCUCCAAGCAUAGAGAGCUUGUCUGGAGGACGUGAAUUUACAGGAUCUCCACCUUUGUCUGCAUCAAAAAAGGAUUCCUUUUUCAGUACAAUCUCUCGUUCUCGUUCCCAAAGCAAGACUAUGAGCAGAAAAGAGUCUAGGACAUGCUCCACGAAUUCCAGGACUAAGGAGGAGGAAUUGGAGGCCCAAAUUUCAUUUCUACAAGGACAGCUAAAUGACUUGGAAGCCAUGUGCAAAUAUUGUGCGAAGAUGAUGAACACACACCUUGGAAAUAUUCAGGAAGUCAUAUUACAAGAACACUUGGAAAAAGAAGAUGAAAUUCUGGUUUCCUUGGCUGGUUUGAAGCAGAUCAAAGAUAUUCUGAAAGGUUCCCUGCGUUUCAACCAGAGCCAGCUGGAAGCUGAAGAAAAUGAGCAGAUCACGAUAGCGGAUGAUCAUUACUGCUCCAACAGUCAGAACAAAGGGAGUGGUGAUGUCGUAAAGGGACCUGUUACAACAAAACAACAGUUCAUCUCAGGACAACAGACUACAACUGGUGCGAGCACCAGUGAGAGUAAGGGCGCCGAUGACUAUAUAAUAGUUUCCGAAGAAGACGAAGGAAGCAGAAGUGCUGUCCCAGAGCCUGCGCAGUCCCUUCAGGCACACAAGGAAGCAGCAGUAAAGCCAGAAGCUCCAUCUCGUCCUUUGAUAUUCUCUGACCCGCUGAUGAGUUCCAUCUCAGCCUCCUCCAGCAACCUGAGUUCCAGCCCUGAUGACAACAGUAGUAACAACAGCAAAGAUUCUGACUUUGCUAUUGUCAGCCCACUGGACAUCUAAUGGAAACUGGUUGGGAGAGGUUAGGAGGUCAGUUGGUAUACCUCAGCUCAACUUCCUAUGGUUCAACGGGCUGGAUGGUUUUUUGGAUUAGAAGGACAGAAAAUAGAUAAAUGUAACCCAUUUCAGUUGCCAAAAGCCUAGGUAAAAAGAAAUAAUACAAAUUCGGUUGCAACUCUUCAGAAAGAAUAUACACCUUGUAAUGACUGCCUUAAAUAAAAACCCAGUAAAACCCAGUUCUAAUGUACAGUUAUUCUUAGUUAUAGAGUCAUCUUACUUAGGAGCUUUGUUACUAUAGAACUGCUGCUUUCCCAAAACGUAGAAUAGUAUGUGCUAGGUACCAUAAUGGAUUAGGAAAUGUUUAGAUUCUUGACAUCAGACCUGACGUGGCAAAGACAAGCUAGAUUCAAUGUCAUCCUUUCAGAAAAUAUGUUAGACUGGGUUUUUUGAAUAGGCAAGAGUACUGUUUCUUCAGAGACUGUGACUAGAGAAGUAGAAAAUGUAUAUCAGAAAGAUUAAAAGGAUCGUCCUGGCACUAGGCUUGUUCCCAGUUGAGGAAUCCUAGUUUCUUCAUUUUCAUCCAACAGUAGCCUGAGAUUUGUUAAAUGCACAGGUUUGUGUAAUUGUUCCUCAGCACUGUGUUAAAGUCGAAUGUGUUACAAAUUCCUUGAGAAUGGGGACCUAUACAGCAGAGCCUUAUUUUCCGUUGCUUACUUUUUUCCCCUUGAGAGUUCCCAGGUCACCUCUUUUCCUCUUUGUGUCUGUCUGCUUUUAUUCCCCUGGCAUGAAUUAAUUUUGAUGUUACUGAGAUUACUGCCAUCAAAGAGUAGGUGCAAGGGAAAUUACAGUAUUUCGUAGUGUAGACCUGAGCCAGAUGAACUAAAACUAGCUUGAGUAUGGUAACUUGUCAGGGAAGGAUGCAAAGUGAUAUAAAAUGUUCAUAAUUAAAAGCACUUUAUAUCUCAUUACUAUUAUCUUCUAUAGAUUCUGUUUACAUAUAUGUCUAUAUGAUUUCCACAUUUCUAGUCAGAAAAAAAAAUGGUGCAGCAGCAUUAACCAACAGGAAGUUUUAAAUUAACUGCAGAACUUGUUCUUCUAUGAAAAACUGUAUUUCUUUCCCAUCAAGUAAAUAGUGCAUCUGAUGACAUUUAUUCCAAGUAGGUAAGAUUUUUUUUACUUGCUGAUUCCCCUUUUGGAAUUCACAAAAAAGAAGAUGGUAGUCAGAGGAAGCCUGCUUGUGCAGGACCUACACAAAAAUAACCCAAGGAAGCAGUGCUAGAAAUUUAUUUAUAACAAGAGCGCCAAAAAAUGCAUUAUUUAGUUUGAAGAUACAUAUACAGUACACCAAGCAAGAAUUUUGUAACUGCAUGUCAAAGCUAAUGUUAAUAUGGUCUUAAAAAUGGUAGUCAUUUGCUGAUUAGUCUGUAAUUGUCAAUGGAGUUAAGUACAGUAUUCCAAAGAUGAGGUGAUGUGGUUUGCUGGUUUUAGAUUUUGCAAGGUCUGUGUCAGUGACUGAAACAAAGAGAUAACUGUCAUUAUCUCGUGUAAUUACAUGGCUGCUGCCAUAUCCUCACACAUUCAGAAACCACCAUGUAGUUCUUCUAAGAUUUUUUGUGCCUUGUAAAUGCUGGAAUGUUACGAGCAGGCAUAGCAUCAUGCAUCUUUGUGACAGACUGCCGUGAACAGUCAGAUGACUUUGUUUAGAUGGACGGUCUUAAAUGCAUAACAUUUUGGAGAGGUGUUUAUUGGGGGUUAGUUUUAAGCUUCGUAGAAAAUCACUUUGGAAUUCAACAUGCAUGCCUGUCUUCAGGUUUAUUUUAUUUCCCUGAGUUUGCAUGAAUGCCAGGGGAUUAGGUGGCUGUUGAUUUAUUUAGGUUUUCAAGCUUUUCUAGCCUUAACCCAUUCAGCAAGGCUUGUGCCACACCACCAACAAAGGGGAAUCUGUUCAAGAGGUACCUAUGAAAAGAGGAAAGAAAUAUUUUGGGGACAGAGAGAAAAGUUUUUAUAUUCUGUGUUACAUAAGCCUUCAGAGAUUCCAAAACUUUGGCAGGGGAAAAUGUUUUUACUUUUUUUUUUUAUUACUUUUUUUUAAGAAUCGUUCUUUUCAUUUCUAGUUGUUUGUUUCAGGGAUCACAUUGCUGUUUUCUUGAGCAGUCUCAUUGCCAAUGGAAGAGUGUGAUUUGUACAGUUCUUUUAUUUUUGUAAGUUAGUUACAUCUUGCAUAUUUUAAAACAGCGCUGAAAGUAUAUAAAGAUUUUUGGAGUUUCUAACAAGUUUUCACUAAGCAGUGAAUACCAUUGAGCUGAAUGCCUGUCAUGCCAUGGGAUAUAGUAAGAUCCUCAGAAGCAGAGAGAUGAUUAUACAAGGAAGAUUAGAGCAAAUUCCAGUAAAUGAGUCUGCUUUGGUUAUACCAUGUCCUUGCACAUCACAAAUAUGUUGUCUUUGAUACUUAAUCAUAGUACAGAGAUAGUUAAAAUUUUAUGUAUUCGUUAAGUCAGAAGCCCGUAAGUUAGACAAAAUGUCAAAUCAUCACCCUGUCUUGCCUUAUGUUAAGAAUAUACUGAGAAAUAAAUUGUCAUUUAAAAUACAAGAUUAUUCUUUUUCCCCAGAAAUUACCUGCUCGUAAUGUUCAUGGAUACCAGUAAUCAGAAAAACCAUAUACAUUGCAAAUUUCUGAUGAAAACUAAUAUGGGAUUAAGAUAUGUAUCUGAAACUGUUGUACGGUAUCUCACAUCUGUAAUUUUUAUGACUGUUUAAAGUCUCUUGCAUGUCGUGUCAGUUUAAUGUACUGCAGAAAGGCAGUAUGAUAUUUUGACUGGGUAUUCAUUUAGUUGUGGAGCUUUGUAUCUUUACUCUGGAAGAACAUCUAGCCCGCUUUAUUAAAGAAAGAAUUAACAAAUUUCCUGGGCUGUGCUUGUGCUGUUUUCUCAAAAAGGAGGAAAAGCUUUUUUACUGGAAUAUGCGAAGUAUGAUUUCUCAAGACAAGGGUUAUUAGAAACUUUAAAACUAUCUCAUCUAUAUAAGCAGAUAGAUUAUUAAUAUUUUAUUCAGAUUUUAUGUAUUUGAUACAGGGAAUCAAAUUGCUUGUCAUUUAUCUAACCCAAGCAACACAGAACAUUUCCUAUUUACCAUAUUUAUUGUAUCUGAAAAUAACAUACAAGAAUUUAAAAUUGUGUAACUUUUCUGCGUUUUCAUUAAACUUGGUACAGUUACAUCAUCUUGUCUCGGUCACAAUUUCAGUAUCUGUUCAGUACUUUUCUGCAUCUCAAUACUUAAAUGGACAUUCUUAAAUGGUUCCUGUGAUUCUGCAGUGUGUUGUCCUCAUUAGAUGGCACUGAGGCAGCUAUUAUAAAGAUUAAAUUUCAGAUUUAAGGUCUUUAUGGUAUACUUGUGCUUGGCAGUUACAAUGUCAUCUGUUCAAAUAGGGACAUAGCAAUCCUGACUUGAACAGAUUUCCAUGUUCUGGGUCUCAGCCUUUAAAUAAUACUUUUGAUUUUGUGCUGUAUGUGUUGGUCUGGAAGGAAUGUAAUGGUUUAUUAGACUUGAAAAGGUGCAAUUUCAUAAAAUAAACUUCAUUUGGCUACAGAAUAGCA